AUCGUCCUGUUGAAGAAGGUGGGCUCCGGCUUCCGUGGCGUCAUCAAGCUGCUGGACUGGUACGAGCGGCCCGACGGCUUCCUCAUCGUCAUGGAACGGCCCGAGCUGGUGAAGGAUCUCUUCGACUUCAUCACGGAGAAGGGCGCGCUGGACGAGGACACGGCGCGCGGGUUCUUCCGGCAGGUGCUGGAGGCCGUGCGGCACUGCUACGGCUGCGGCGUGGUGCACCGCGACAUCAAGGACGAGAACCUGCUGGUGGACCUGCGCACGGGCGAGCUGAAGCUCAUCGACUUCGGCUCGGGGGCCCUCCUCAAGGACACGGUCUACACCGAUUUCGAUGGAACGAGAGUAUACAGUCCUCCAGAAUGGAUCAGAUACCACAGAUACCAUGGGAGGUCAGCGACAGUAUGGUCUCUGGGAGUCCUCCUUUAUGACAUGGUUUGUGGGGACAUCCCAUUUGAGCAGGAUGAGGAGAUCUUGCGUGGACGAUUGUAUUUCAGGAGAAGAAUUUCACCUGAAUGUCAACAGCUCAUCAAAUGGUGCCUUUCACUGAGGCCUUCAGACAGACCAACACUUGAGCAGAUUUUUGACCAUCAAUGGAUGCACAAAUCAGAAGUAGUGAAGUCUGAGGACUGUGAUAUAAGGCUACGGACCCUUGAUACUGAUGUAUCGAGCACAAGUUCAAGUAAUGAGAGUCUGUGAAUGGCUAAGGACCUCGCACUGGGAGGGGAGCUACAAGCAGAAAGACCACAGUGCUGCUGCCAAUACGUAGGAGGGGCUAGAAAAAUGCAUUCAUUAUUCUGUAGUUGAAUCUUUGUCUGAGGGACUUGAUUUUAUUUUCCCCUUUUGCUGGUUUCUGCUUUGGAAUGAGAGAUUUCCUUUGGAAACGCUGAUGUUUAGGAGUUGCAGGCCAGUACUUAGUCAAAGACUGACCUUAUUAAGAAAGCAGUGACCUCUUGAAUACAUGGUAAACUUUUUUGCUCUCAUAGAGCCUGGACUAGAUUUUAUUUGCUUUUGAGUGCCUUUUUGAAAGCUGCUUCAGUGGGACUUUCUUUUUUGAGCUGUGUAUGUCCAAAGAAGAUCCAGUUCAUCAUAGGCAUUUGCUCCCUUCAGACUCAGUGCUGGGGGAAGCAGCUCCUAUGAUGCAUUGGAGAACAUGUUCGGUGAUUGAAUGAAGUAGUCCCAUCCACUGGUGAUGGAAUACUUGAACACAGACAUUUCACUCCUGCCCCCUGCCCCUUUCCAAAUCCAACCCACCUCUGCUGCUCAAAAUAUUUCCUAUAGCCUGCACAGAAAUACAAACAGGUAUAUCAGCCUUUUUUAUCGGAAACAUUUAUUCAUGUUUCCUUUUAUCAUCUCUACCACUGGGCAUGAGAAGCCCCUUUCUCAACUCCCCCCGGCCUUUUGUCACCCUGCGAGUCUUAAGAGUAUGUAUGGGCAUGUUGAAUGCACAAUCAAUGCAAUAUUCAAGGACUUUACUUUUUUUCCAUACCUGUAUAAUGUGUUUAUGUAAACUUGGUUUUCCCAUGUACUAUACAGUUAUUUAUUGUUUGAAGUUUAAAAGACCUCCCACAGGUUUCAGCUGUGGCUAUUUAUUUGGUUAAUUUAUUUGGUUAGAGUUAUUCAACACUGUGCUUUCCCUUCCUCCUCCCCAUGGGAAGUCUAGUGAUUUGCCCAUGGCACUUUUUUUCUGCAUUCCUGUCAACUUUUGUUUAAAAAAAAAAAA